AUGCCACCAGCCUCCUACUCCUCAAAUCUGGCAACCUGCCUCUGCCGCCAGUUCCGACGACCCUCACUCAAUAUCCGAAUACUCCAGGCCUACGCCCGCCACUUCAACACCUCCCCUCGCAAGCGAGGGGAGGAGAAGGAGAAGGAAUCUAAUAAAAUAGACAUUGGACCUAUUUCAGAGCUUCUGAUUCUCCGGAACCUGAGCCCACGCAAACCCCGUCAUGAGAGUCUGCAGUUCUUGCGGGAUCCACUCGAGGCCGAAGCCCUCGACGACACGCAGGACCUGCUCCUCCGGUCCGAUGAUUUGGAGAGCGACAAAAACAUCGAUAUCGCGCUCACGCGUCCCGCCAACGUCCUGGUUAGCAAGCAGCGGUACGAGCAGCUUGCGCAAGAGCUAUGCAAGGCUUUCUUGAAGCCACAGUUAUACGAGUAUUACUAUUAUCAAGAUGGGGAAGAGAGGGAUCUACCGAGGCUCCCUUCGGGCGCAAAUAAGAGGGAGAUUAUUGACGGAAUUUUGAGCGCCAAGUGGAAGGUUGUCGUGUCGCAUGAAAUCCCAGAGCGGUUAGAUGUUUUGGUGAAUGGCUAUUUUCCGAGCACGCGGAGGGACAUAUUCUUUAUUCUUGGGAAAGAUGGUCGAGUGAUACGGCAAUUGUCGCAGGAGUUCCAGGCCAGGGUUAGGGUUAAUGUUGGAACUGGCAAAAUCGGUGUUUACGCCAGUGUGGAGAACUUUGAACGUUUGAAAGAGGCGGUUCAGGGCCUUCUGGGGAAGGUUACUGUGGAGGAGUUUGACAUGUCUUGGGCCCAGCGACUGUGCCAGUUUAAUAAGCAGUUUAUAACCCCGAUUGCGAGGAUUACUGGUACAUAUAUCGAGAAAAAAGAUGAGAAAACUCUCUUGAUUUCUUCCCCGGAUCCCAGCUCCCUUCAGGAUGCACGGCGCCUGCUCUUCCUGUCUUUUGAUCUCCAGCUGCGAUCGUCCCAUUCCCUUCUGUAUAAUGCGCCCAAAGGACUCGGCGACCCUAAAGGUGCCUUAUAUCCGGUCCAUGAGAAAUCUGCAUUGCCAUGGAAUUUCAGAGAGGUGGAGUGGGGUCGAUGGAGGAAUAUCAAGAAGCCUAUCGAGCGUUCCAACAGCCUUCGAGGUGAGAGCUCUGCGAUUCUAAAGGAUACUCUGCGAACACGGAUUGGGGGGACACUACAAGAUACAGACAUCACAACCGGGCUACGUGAAAUCUUGGACCACAAUGAUCUGCAAGUAUCGGCACAACAUCGAUCAGAGCUAUUACCAAAGUACGAAGCCAUACUCGGCUACCUUCUUCACGAGGAUUCGGAUCCUCAGCCCGAUCAAGAUCUAACGGUACUAGAGUUCAUCGAGUCUAAGUAUAGACUCCAAGUUCUUCUCACUGAUGUCCCAGGUCUUGUUCACAUCACCCAAGGCCUCUCACCUAUAAGUGACCCCACUUCCGAAGGGGCCCUCCACUCGCUGCGGGUGCAAGGAUCUACUGGUGUGCAACAAACGCCCUACCAAACUUGUAUUGUCAAGCUUCUACCAUCGCCCUGGGAAUACCCGGAAGGAUUUGACAGGUAUCCACCUCUUGAACUAAAGUUCAGCAUCGAUCCCGAGCUCGGCAGAGUGGACCAGCCGUCUCUCAAGGCCAUUCACUCGUCCACGGUUGCAGAUAUUAUGCUCCCUGGUGAAGAAUGCGACGUGCGCUUCCGCCACCAGAAAUCCAUCCCUCUUGGCAUUCUGGGUGACCCUGCGAAUCCCCAAUCUAAGUACGGUGUCACCCAAUCGGAGCUGCGAAGGUACAUGUCCGAGAGCACUCUGAACCCUCUUACUGAUGACAAGCUCAAGGCAUCACAAUUGCUAAGUGUUACGCUGCCAGAGUGGAUGAUCUCUCCACCCAAACGUAGUGACUCUAAGGAUGGGGGGGAGCGGAGACCACCCACAAAAAUGCUUUAUAUUUCCACUGGCUUGGAGUAUCGCCGCGAACUUGCUUUCGAUUGGAACGGGAUGAAACUUUACCAGACUGUGAUCCAAGGGGGUAUUACGGGUGGAAGGAGGUCGGAGUUUAGGCUUUGUUGGGAUAAUACUGAGGGGGCUGGUUCGGUAGCUGAGGCGACACGGAUUACGGAAUUGGAGGGCGAUAAGGAGAUCGACGAAAUUGCAAAAGGGAGUAGGUAUAAGCUUGCUGUUGGGGCCGCUUCGGAGGCCGUGGCAGAAAUUGUUGUGGCGGCUGAUACCGAAGCCGCAGAUGGGAUUCCCAGUAAACCCGCUGCCGGCACCGGCGCAAAGGAUGUGGGCGAGUUCGGAGAUAGGAUCACCAAACCUACCGUGGACCAAUCCCUCCAACGUGCCCCCCAAGGCCCCUACUACUGCUCCCCAUCAACCCCCCAAUCAUCAUUUGCAGACUUCCUAACGAACACGGGCGACUUGGUAAAUCGCCUGGGCGAAUUCAUAGCCUCCAAAGAAUGGCGGUUUACAACACAGUACACGGGGCACGGGGUGGUGCGAGGGGUUACAAGGAGCGUAAAACGGGCCACUACGAGUAGAGGUGACAGGGGUGUUAGAAGUGGUGAAUGUGAGAGGGGUAGUGGGCAUGGUGGGCGUAGUUGUGCAACUAGGGUUAGGUAG